AUGAAGGUCGCCAUUUUGUCUGGUAUGUGUUUGAUGAGCGUGGUACUGCUAGUCACCGCAACGGAAAAGUACAUGAACGGCGGUGGAGUUGGUGCGGGGUACGGUGCGGGGUACGGUAAUUACGGCUAUGGAAUGGCCAUGCCCUACUAUGUAGGCGGUGGCCAUUACGGUGGAGGCGGUUUCGGUGGUGGAGUCGGGGGAGGCAGUGGAGGAUUCGGCGGCAUUUUCGGAAUGCUCAUUUUCUUGUUCGUGUUCAUUUUCAUCAUCCAAAUUCUAUUCGGCGGUGGUGGCUUGGGCGGCAUUGGCGGUGGUGUGGGUGGCAUUGGUGGCAUUGGCGGCCAUAGCUCGAGGGGUGGAGACGGCAACGAAUACUAA